GGCUAGGUUGCGGUCCAACUCUUUUAGCCUAAACCUUCAAGCAUCCGUAGGGGCCAUCCCAUCCCUCCCACGCUCCGCGCUGCCCCGCUGGCGAAAGAAGAAAGAAAGCAGAGGGGCCAUGGAGCGGGAGGCCAUGGAAGGUAUCACGAACCGUCUGGCCUCCAUCGAAGGCCUCUACUUCCCCGGCGCCAUCCACCGCCAAGCCCCUGACUCCUCCCAGCGCAAGUCCGCCCUCCUCGACCUCCUCUCCCGCGACGCCCCCAUCUUCCUCGAGCGCUAUGGCUCGGAGCUUACUGCCGACGAGCUCCGGGAGUUCGAGGUGCUGAAGGCGGACUACGAGGUGGAAUGGCACCUGAACCGCCUCCGCCGUGGCCAGAGUCCGACGGCGGAGGAGGCGCGGGCGAGGUCAGUUAGGGUUAAGAACCGGCGGCGGGCGUACAUGGAGCUGCUCGUCCGAGGUGGGGAGUACUUCUCCGAGGACGCCAUGAGGGAGCGGGAGCCCUACCUCCACCACGAGUAUUUGGGGAGAUUUCAGGAUCCGUCUGGCAGGGUCCUUUCCCGGCCUGGGGAGCGGUGGUCGGAGACGCUGAUGCGGCGGUGUGAGGAGGCGAUGCUGGUGGAGAAGAUCCGACAGGAGCAGCAGAGGCUGGGGGUCGCUAGGAGAGAUUGGGUCGGUGGCGGGGGAGAGGAAGAGCAAGAAGAGGAGGAGGAGGAGGAGGAGGAGAGUGAGCAGGUCAAGGGGGAAGAGAAGGGUGGAUCGAGCGACUCAAGGGUGCAUGUAGACCAUGAAUCUAGUUGCAGUGCUCAGGGUACAAGUAUAGAGCCUCUCGACCAGACAUUAUCGGCAGAAGAGAUGCAGGAUCAUUUGGAGCAGUUCACGCACAUGAUGCAACAGAAGUUUCUGGCGGGAGAAGAUGCUGAGCAUUUGGACUAUUCUAAAAUAGACAAUGAUGAGAGAUUGGAUGAUCAUUGGCUCAGGGAGGCAAACUAUGAUGCUGAGGAAAAAUACUUUGAAGAAGAUUAACUAACGAAAUACCAUCAUUUUCUCUGUUAGAUGUAACACCUUUGCCUUUUCGUCUUGUGUAUGGAUGAGCUUUUGCAGAGAUAACCUUUUGUAGCACCUUUUCUUCUGCCUUUGGUUGUGUAAUGCAACAUAGGAAAGUUUGUUUCAGUACUUCUUUCUUGUACAGGUGGAGCAGCCUAUUUUGCGUAUACUUAUUUCUCCUGCUUUAGAUUUUUGUACCAUGAUGGAAAAACUUGAGGCAUUCGCCCAAAACUA